AUGUCCAGAUUCCGUAACCAAUUCCUUCUGACCUGGAAUGAGGACAUCUCGAAUAGAACAUUCCAACAAGGUGAGCCUCUACCCCUCGAAGACAUUCAUCUUCUCGUUUCUGACACCACUAGCCUUCCAUACAAGGACGAGGAAUCCACACAAUGCAGUAUCUGCUACCAGACCUACCAAAAAGCCGAGACAAUGAUGGUGCUGCGCUGCACUCAUACGUUCCACGCUGUCUGUCUCGCCCAAUGGUUUCAGCGGUCUCACACCUGCCCAAAAUGCCGCGACGACCCAGGUCAAGAUAUGCCUGGCCCUAUUGACCCUGCUUGCGAGGGCGACGUUGCUCUCUACGACUCGUUCCGCAACACGGUCUGGUCCACGAUCUGUGCUGCGCGGGACAUUAGAUUGCGCGAGCGUCGUCUGCGGCAUGGUCCCGAAGACGAGCUUGACUCGCGGGUUAUGGCUACCAGAUACGACGUGGACGCCGUUGCUCGUGUCUUGAAUUACACACGGCCCUCAAUUCGUUCUCGAGGCUCUGCGUGUGCGAAUCAUUUCACUCUUUGGCCACUGAUGGCGUCGGCUCGGCAGCGUAAGGACGAGGCGGAGGGUGAGUAUCUAGCUCGGGUGGCUGCUCGGGUGGCGCUCACGGGAGGCGCUGCUGACCACGAGGACAACGAGGAUGACCCAGCUGUCGGCGCUGGUGAAGAUCAACAUGCUGUCAACGAUGCUGCCGAAGGCUACAAUGGAGCACUGGUCAACGAAGAUGCCGAUCAGCACGCCCAUCUCACAGACUACGAGCAAUCAAUGCUCGAGUUCUGGAACGAUUGA